UAAAAGUUAGGUUAUGUUUCACCGGCCGGUUAUGUGCAUAAGACUAAUCAGCCAAUCGUAUUCGUGUAAAUUGAGUUUUUUUUCAUUUUUUUUUUUAAGUUCUUUAAAAAUGUUUAUGGAAUAAAUAAGUUUAUAUGAUUGGAGCUUAAUUUUUAAAGAAACAUGUGAUUGAAUCAAAAAUUCAGAAUUUCAAGUUUCAAUCACAUUAGUUAAAUCGCACAUGCGCAAUUGAUCAUUAUAGUUGUUAUGUAUUAGUGACGAAAGUUUUCUAUCUGUGUGUAUUGUUGAAUGUGUGUUGCAUAUGGUUGCAUAUAAGAUUCUGCUGGCGAGGUUAUAUAGAAUUAUAAUAGAAUAAAAUUAAUAAAAAUAAUGGCUAGCUGUAGAAUAUUUGGUGCACUUUCGCGAUUUUCGCGAACCAACGUUCAUUUCAUUACUCGAUCAGCUCAACAGCAACCAAUUAGAUCGCUGGCUACAGCUGGAGAAAAACAUUUUAAAACAAAAAUUGUCGACAAUGUAGCAGUUGUUACAUUAGAUUCCCCUCAGGUUAAGGUUAAUUCCUUGAACCGUGCAGUGAUGGAUGAAUUUGUGGAAGUUUUAAGGACAAUUGAAAAUAAUUCCUCAGUAAGUUCUGUGGUACUUAUUAGUGGAAAACCUGGAUGUUUUAUUGCAGGUGCUGAUAUUUCUAUGAUUAAUAAAUUUAAAACUGAAGAUGAUGGUUAUAAAAUUUCGAAAGAUUGUCACCGAGUUCUUGAUGAUAUUGCUAAUAGUAAGAAACCAGUGGUUGCAGCAAUUCAAGGCUCUUGUUUAGGUGGCGGUCUAGAGCUCGCGUUAGCGUGUCACUAUCGAGUUGCAGUGAAAGAUAAAAAAACAAGUUUAGGAUUACCAGAAGUAAUGUUAGGGAUUUUACCUGGAGGAGGUGGAACACAGAGACUUCCUAAAUUAGUUUCUCUGCCAAAUGCAUUGGACAUGACACUAACUGGAAAAACGCUUAAAGCAGAUAGAGCUAAAAAAUUUGGUGUUGUCGAUCUUCUUGUAGAUGAAUUGGGACCUGGACUAGCUCCACCUGAAGAAAACACAAGAAGAUAUUUGGAAGAAACUGCCAUUAAGGUGGCAAAAGAUAUUGCUAGUGGAAAUUUGAAAGUGAAUCGUGGUCCAAAGUCAUUGGGUGAAAAAGUUAUGAAUUACGCCUUGUCAUUUGAAUUUGUUAAAGAUCAAGUUUUCAAAAAAGCCAAAGCACAAGUCAUGAAACUUACUGGUGGUUUGUAUCCGGCUCCAUUGAAAAUUUUGGAAGUUAUUCGCACUGGUUUGGAUAAGGGUCCAAUUGUUGGUUAUGAGGCUGAGGCAAAAGCUUUUGGUCAUUUGGCAGUUACUAAAGAGAGUAGAGGACUCGUUAGUCUUUUUUUCGGUCAGACUGCCUGUAAGAAGAAUAGAUUUGGAACACCCAAAAGUGCUGUCAAAACUGUGGCUGUAGUUGGUGCCGGAUUAAUGGGAGCAGGAAUCGUUCAAGUCAGUAUUGAUAAAGGAUAUGAUGUCAUUUUGAAAGACACAAAUCAAGCUGGUUUAAAUAGAGGUAUUGGUCAAAUACAAAAAGGUUUGGAAACAGCUGUAAAACGAAAACGCCUGUCCAGUCUCGAAAAAGAUAGAUUCCUCGCAAAAUUGGAUACUACAUUAAAUUACGAUCAUUUUCAAAAGGCUGAAAUAGUUAUUGAAGCUGUCUUCGAAGAUAUUAACAUUAAACAUAAAGUAAUUAAGGAAAUUGAAGCUAACACACCGGACUAUUGUGUUGUAGCUACAAAUACAUCUGCGAUUCCAAUUACGAAGGUCGCAGCUGGAAGCAGCCGACCUGAUAAGGUAAUCGGCAUGCAUUAUUUUUCACCUGUAGACAAAAUGCAAUUACUAGAAAUUAUUACACACAAAGGCACAUCAACCGAAACGAUUAAAACUGCCGUUGAUGUUGGAUUGAAGCAAGGAAAAGUUGUCAUCACCGUUGGAGAUGGUCCUGGUUUUUAUACAACCAGAAUUCUCUCUGCCAUGUCAACUGAAGGAAUCAGACUGCUUCAGGAAGGUGUCGAUCCCGUUUUAUUAGAUAAACUCACAAAAAAAUUCGGCUUCCCAGUAGGAUUAGCAACACUCACUGACGAAGUGGGUAUUGAUGUUGGUGCUCAUAUUGGAGUUGAUCUUGGAAAAGCAUUAGGCCCAAGAUCCGCAGGCGGUGAUGUGAGAAUUCUUGAAGAUAUGGUGAAAAAAGGUUUCCUUGGACGUAAAUCUGGUAAGGGUUUCUUCGUGUACGAAGCAAACUCAAAAAAUAGAGAUGUCAAUCUUGGUGCACUCGAUAUUUUGAAAAACUAUAAACUCGAUCCAAAAGGAAGCACUUCCGAUGAAGAUCGUCAAAUGAGGCUGGUCAGCAGAUUUGUCAAUGAAGCUGUACUUUGUUUAGAAGAAAACAUUUUGGCCAAUCCGCUCGAAGGAGACGUUGGUGCUGUAUUUGGACUUGGUUUCCCUCCAUUUACAGGUGGACCUUUCCGAUGGGUUGACUAUUACGGAGCAGGUAGACUAGUUAAAAGAAUGGAAGAAUUCCAAAAUUCUUAUGGCGAAAGCUUUAAACCAUGUCAAUUGCUCUAUGAUAUGGCUUCUGACUCCACGAAAAAGUUCCAUUCUCAAUAAAGAGAAAAGACUUUCUUCCAAAAAAAAAAUAAAA